UUUCUGUUCACUGAGAUGAACAGAAAACUCUCUCUCAGUACAAGCCUGGUGAACACAGGAGAGCUGCUGGAGUGACGCUCAUUCAUGGGACUCUCAGUGGCAGCACGUUAUUUCCACAAUGAAAAGGACUCAUCAAGAGAGACCAGACUCCCCUGGACCCAGCUGUGUGUCCUUUAAGAGUGACCAGUCAAAGGAAUCACCUAUUAUGUUGAAAAAAGGAAACGAUCCUCCUGAAAAAGAGACUCAUCAAGAGAGACCAGACUCCCCUGGACCCAGCUGCAUGUCCUUUAAGAGUGACCAGUCAAAGGAAUCACCUAUUAUGUUGAAGGAUGGAAGCGAUCCUCCUGAAAAAGAGAGUGAUCAACAGAGACCAGACUCCCCUAAAAGCAGCUGCGUGGCCUUUCAGAGUGACCAGUCAAAGGAAGCACCUCUUAGGUUCAUACAUGGACAGUGUUCUCCUGAUAAGAGGAUCUGUCUGGAGAAACCAGAUUUCCCUGAAUCCAGCUGUGUGUCUAUGAAGAGUGACCAAUCAAGGGAACCUCCUUUUACAUUCAGAGAUGGACACAAUUUCCCUGAAAUGACAGUCAACCAGAAGAGGGCAGAUGAUCCAUUGCCUGAGCAUCAUGAAAGAGACUUGGGCUACAUAUUCAUGCUGCUUGAGGAGAACAUUAUCACUUUUGUGAAGAAUGAGCUAAAGGGGUUCAAGAGGGUUCUGUGUCCAGAUGAUCCAAAAUAUUCGGAGAAGAAGAGGGAGGAUGAGAAUGUGAUCGAUGAUCAAGAGAAAGAGCACAGGAGGAGCAGCAGAGAGGCUUUUCUGAAGAUCUCACUGAACUUCCUGAGGAGAAUGAAACAGGAUCAGCUGGCUGACUCUCUGCAGAGCAAAUGUCCUGCAGCAUGUCAGCAUAAACUCAAAUGUAAUCUGAAAGAGAGGUUUGAGUGUUUGUUCGAGGGGAUUGCCAAAGCAGGGAACCCAACUCUCCUGAAUGAGAUCUUCACAGAGCUUUUCAUCAAUGAAGGAGGGUCUGGACAGCUCAGCAACGAACAUGAGGUCAUACAGAUUGAAAGAGCAUUCAGGAGACCAGAAGGGGAAAUGGUGAUUAGAUCUGAAGAGAUCUUCAAACCUGGAAUAGAUCCCCCUAUCAGGACACUGAUGACAAAGGGGGUGGCUGGCAUUGGGAAAACCGUCUUAACACACAAGUUUGCCCUGGACUGGGCUGAAGACAAAGCUCACCAAAAUAUACAGCUCACAUUUCCAGUCCCUUUCCGAGAGCUAAAUUUGCUAAAAGGAAAAAGGUACAGCUUGGUGGAACUUAUUCAUCACUUGUUUGGUGAGACCAAAGAAGCAGGAAUCCUCAGGUUUGAAGAGUUCCAGGUUGUGUUCAUCUUUGACGGUCUGGAUGAGUGUCGACUUCCACUAGACUUCCACAACAAUGAGAUCCUGACUGAUGUGACAGAGUCCACCUCAGUGGAUGUGCUGCUGACAAACCUCAUCAGCGGAAAACUGCUUCCCUCAGCUCAUGUCUGGAUAACCACACGACCUGCAGCAGCCAAUCAGGUUCCUCCUGAGUGUGUUGACAUGGUGACAGAAGUCAGAGGGUUCACUGACCCACAGAAGGAGGAGUACUUCAGGAAGAGAUUCAGAGACAAGCAGCAGGCUUUCAUGAUCAUCUCCCACAUCAAGACAACACAAAGCCUCCACACCAUGUGCCAAAUCCCAGUCUUCUGCUGGAUCACUGCCACAGUGCUGGAAGAUGUGAUGAAAACCAAUGAGGUUGCUGAGCUGCCUAAGACCUUGACUGAGAUGUACAUCCACUUCCUGGUGAUUCAAACCAAACUCAGCAAUGUAAAGUAUCAUGGAGUAGCUGUGACAGAUCAACACUGGAAUCCAGAGAGCAGGAAGAUGAUUGAGUCUCUGGGAAAACUGGCUUUUGAGCAGCUGGACAAAGGCAACCUGAUCUUCUAUGAAUCAGACCUGACAGAGUGUGGCAUCAAUAUCAGAGAGGCCUCGGUGUGCUCAGGAGUGUUCACACAGAUCUUCAAAGAAGAGAGAGGGCUGUACCAGGAUAAGAUGUUCUGCUUCGUCCACUUGAGUGUUCAAGAGUUCCUCGCUGCUCUUUAUGUCCAUCUGACAUUCAUCAACUCUGGAGUUAACCUCCUUGCAGAAGAACAGUCAAACUUCCAGACAUCUGAUCUGUUGAGUAACAAAUUCCAACUCUUCUAUCAGAGUGCUGUGGACAAGGCUUUCCAGAGCCCAAAUGGGCACCUUGACUUGUUCCUUCGAUUCCUUCUGGGCCUUUCCCUUGAGACCAAUCAAAUUCUUCUACGUGGCCUCCUGACACAGACAGGAAGUAACUCACAGACCAACCAGGAAACAGCUGAGUAUGUCAAGAAGAAAAUUAGGCAGAGUACAUCUCCUGAGAAAAGCAUCAAUCUGCUCCACUGUCUGAAUGAGCUGAAGGACCAUUCUCUAGUGGAGGAGAUCCAAAACCAGCUGAAUUCAGGAAGUCUCUCUACAGAAGAUCUCUCUCCCGCUCAGUGGUCAGCUCUGGUCUUUAUCUUAUUGUCCUCUGAGGAAGACCUGGAUGUGUUUGACCUGAAGAAAUACUCUACUUCCAAAGAAGCUAUUCUGAGACUCCUGCCAGUGGUCAAAGCCUCCAAAAAAUCUGUAUUGAGUGGCUGCAACCUAUCAGAGAGAAGCUGUGAAGCUCUGGCAACAGUCCUCAGCUCGAAGUCCUCCAGUCUGACAGAGCUGGACCUGAGUAACAAUGACCUGCGGGAUUCAGGGGUGAAACUGCUCUCUGCUGGACUAGAGAGUCCAAACUGUAGACUGGAGACUCUCUGGCUGUCAGGCUGUCAGAUCACAGACGAAGGCUGUGUAUCUUUGGCCUCAGCUCUGAGCUCCAACCCUUCCCAUCUGAGAGAAUUGGACCUGAGCUACAAUCACCUAGGAAACAUGGGAGUAAAACUGCUCUCUGCUGGACUUGAGAAUCCACACUGGAAACUUGACACUCUCAGGGUUGACCACGGAGAGCGAUAUUUGACACCAGGCUUAAGAAAGUAUGCCUGUGAACUCACACUGGAUCCAAACACAGCAAACAAAAAUGUCCUCCUCUCUGAAGACAGCAGAAAGGCAACAGUGGUGAAAGAGUUGCAGCCAUAUCCUCCUCACCCAGACAGAUAUGACUUCUUGUUUGGGGUGAUGUGUGUUAAUGGUCUUACUGGUAGAUGUUACUGGGAGGUUGAGAGGGAGGGAUGGCUCUCUCUAGGAGUAGCUUACAGAGGAAUUGGACGGAAAGGGACUGAUAAUGACUGCAGGUUGGGAAGGAAUGACAAGUCCUGGGCUCUGUUUGCUUCUGAUGGUCUUUUCUCUGCUUGGCACAAUGACAAAGCAAAGACUGUCAACAUCCCACCCUCUGUCCAGACUAACAGAAUAGGAGUAUAUCUUGACUGUCAUGUUGGCAUCCUUUCUUUCUAUAGAGUCUCCUCUGACACAUUGAUCCACCUCCACACCUUCCACAACACAUUCACUGAACCGCUCUACCCUGAGUUUGGGUUCAGGGAUGGAUCUGCAGUGUGUUUGUGUAAGCUGUCAGAGGGAGAGCAGUCUGGAAACAUGACAGGGUAA